AUGAACGGCGACAGUUACUCUUCGCGGGGUAAGUUUAUCCGCAGACCUGACUCCAUCUUUCGCGUCGCGGACGAUCGUCGUGACCGUCACAGGGACCGUGAUCGCAGGCGCUCUCGCUCACCAGACCACCGAAGCCAUCGCCGGGGCGAAGGCGACGUCGACGCCUACUCUUCUAGCCGAAACCACCGAGACCGCGAGCGCGAGGAUCGAUACUCUGGCCGUGACAGGCGAGGCGACCGUGAAUGGGAUCGAGACCGGGGCUCCUCCCGUCGGGACGCUCGCCGCGACGAUGACGAACGGCCGAACAGGCGAGACCGAGAUCCUUAUGAUGACCGUCGCCGAGGUGGCAGGGACCGUCGCGAGGAGGGAUUUGGUGCAAGACACGAGAACCGCCGAAGUGCGAGCCCGCCGCCCAAGAAGCGCGAGCCUACUCCGGAUUUGACCAACAUCGUGCCCAUUCUGGAACGCAAGCGUCGCCUGACCCAGUGGGAUAUCAAGCCCCCGGGUUACGACAACGUCACAGCCGAACAGGCCAAGCUAUCGGGAAUGUUCCCUCUUCCUGGCGCUCCUCGGCAGCAGCCCAUGGAUCCUAGCAAACUUCAAGCCUUUAUGAACCAGCCCGGUGGUCAGGUUACGAGCGCUGGCCUCAAGGCUAACAACUCUCGCCAAUCGAAGCGUCUUUUGGUUUCCAAGAUUCCAUCAGGCACGAGCGAGGAGGCUUUGAUAUCGUUCUUCAACCUUCAACUCAACGGCCUGAAUGUCAUUGACGCCACGGAUCCUUGCAUUCUGUGCCAGUUCUCCAACGAUCGCUCCUUUGCUGUCCUGGAGUUCAGGGAAGCCUCAGAAGCCACUGUCGCCCUUGCGCUGGAUGGUACUUCCAUGGAGCCGGACGAUGCGAACGGCGCUUCGAACGGAGAAUCUCGUGGUCUUGAGAUCCGCCGACCUCGCGACUACGUUGUGCCUGCCGUGACUGAGGAGGUCUCUUACAACCCCGAUGUCGUCUCCAACAUUGUGCCCGAUACUAUCAACAAGCUAUGCAUCACCAACAUCCCCCCUUUCCUGGCGGAGGAUCAGGUUAUCGAGCUUCUUGCAGCUUUCGGAAAGCCCAAGGCGUUUGUACUUGUCAAGGAUAGAGGAACGGAGGAAUCCAGAGGUAUCGCUUUUGCCGAAUAUCAGGAUCCCAACGCUGCCAACCCGACUGCUCUUGACACUCUGAAUGGCAUGGAUGUUGGAGGCAAGAAGCUCAAGGUCACCAAGGCGAGCAUUGGUCCCACACAGGUCGCUAACUUCGACGUUGGUAUCACUGCCAUCAGUGGCUUGGCUUCUCAGACUGCCAACGAUGUUGAAGGAAGCCGGGUGCUCCAACUUCUCAACAUGGUUACUGCCGAGGAACUGUUGGACAAUGACGACUACGAAGAAAUUUGCGAGGACGUCAAAGAGGAGUGCUCCAAGUUUGGAAAGAUCAUUGACAUGAAGAUCCCUCGGCCUACCGGCGGCAGCAGGCAGUCUGCCGGCGUGGGUAAGAUUUUUGUCAAGUAUGAGACCAUCGAAGAUACAACAAAGGCGCUCAAGGCUUUGGCGGGCCGGAAAUUCGCUGACAGAACCGUGGUUACCACGUACUUCCCCGAGGUAUGUCCCUUGAGCUCUCUGGUAAUGCUUCCUUCAGCGCUAACACUACAUGCAGGAGAACUUUGA